AGGGAGGGAGGGGGGGUUGGGGAGGGACACAGAGCCGGUUGAUAGUAAUUUUUAAUGAAUUCGCCUCGCGUAGAACCCUCCUGUGGCGCUGACUACAAAAUCGGAAGUAUAUUGAUUGUACUCCUCUUUCCCUCUCUCCCUCCCUACGCAUCUUUUCUCCUCCCUUUCUACCAAUCGACGGGAAUAAGUUUGAAAUGGAGGAAGCCGUCUUAGUUAGGCCGUGCGAUGUUAGGCUUUCCCACAUCUACUUGGUAUUCAUCUCUGCCGCAGCUGUUGCCAAACAGUUGAGUCCACUCCUGAAGCCAGCCACUGCGUGUCUUGGGGAGGAGCAGCCAGCCACACACCCUCCUAGCAGCAGGGCCAGGCCUGCAGGGCACUGAACAGUUCUGUUUGACUUUGGUGAAGCCUCUCAAGAUGUUGGGUGCCCACUUGUCCCGGCUGCGGCUGCUGGUCCAGCCCCGCCAAGGCCUGGCCUCGGCCCUGCGGCUGGCCAGCUCAACCUCCAGUAUUGAAUACGAGCCAAUCAAAUCUGUCCUUGUAGCUAACAGAGGUGAAAUUGCCAUUCGAGUUUUCCGGGCAUGCACGGAGCUGGGCAUACGGUCCGUUGCCGUGUACAGUGCACAAGACAAAAUGCACAUGCACAGACAGAAGGCAGACGAGUCGUACAUCAUCGGCCAGGGACUGUCCCCAGUGGACGCAUAUCUCUGUAUUCCUGAGAUCAUCCGUGUAGCGAAGGAGAAUAACGUGGACGCCAUUCACCCCGGCUAUGGGUUCCUGUCGGAGCGCUCAGACUUUGCCCAGGCGUGUAUUGACAACAACCUGCGGUUCAUUGGACCCUCGCCUGUGGUGGUGCAGAAGAUGGGUGACAAGGUGGCUGCCCGGCAGACAGCCAUUAAUGCUGGUGUGCAAGUGGUUCCCGGCACAGACCAUCCCGUCACCUCAGCAGACGAUGCCUACGAGUUCUGCGUCAAGUAUGGCCUGCCAGUAAUGCUAAAGGCAGCCUAUGGAGGGGGCGGCCGAGGCAUGAGGGUGGUGCGGGAACUAAAUGAUGUGAAGGAAAGCUUCCGCCGAGCAUCGUCUGAAGCUGAAGCUGCCUUUGGAAAUGGUGCCAUGUUCAUUGAGAAGUUCAUCGAGAAGCCGAGACAUAUUGAGCUGCAGGUGCUGGGUGACAAGGCCGGAAACGUCGUGCACCUGUACGAGCGAGACUGUUCUGUGCAGAGGCGUCACCAGAAGCUUGUAGAGGUUGCUCCAGCCCCAAACUUGGACCAAAGGGUGCGGGAGGCCAUGGCAGCUGAUGCAGUCAAGUUGUGUAGGAGUGUUGGCUAUGAGAAUGCUGGCACUGUUGAGUUCCUGCUGGACAACCAAGGGAACUACUACUUCAUAGAGGUCAAUGCCCGUCUGCAGGUGGAGCACACGUGUACAGAGGAGAUCACUGGGAUUGACUUGGUGCAGUCGCAAAUCCGCAUCGCCGAGGGGAUGACUCUGCCUGAGCUGGGCAUGACUCAGGAGAAGAUCACAGCCCAGGGGUGUGCCAUUCAGUGCAGAGUCACAACAGAGGAUCCUGCCAAGGGUUUCCAGCCAGACACAGGGAGGCUGGAGGUGUUCCGAAGCGGUGAGGGGAUGGGCAUCCGCCUUGAUGGUGCCUCGGCCUAUGCUGGGGCCAUCAUCUCCCCAUACUAUGACUCCCUCCUCAUGAAGGUCAUAUCAAGGGCCUCGGACCUCCAUGCCUCGGCCUCUAAGAUGAACCGUUCCCUCCGAGAGUUCAGAAUCCGUGGUGUCAAGACAAACAUUCCGUUCCUCCUCAACGUGCUAGAAAACCAGAAGUUCCUCAAUGGUACUAUCGACACCACCUUCAUCGACGAGAACCCUCAGCUCUUCCAGUUCCAGCCUUCACAGAACCGAGCCCAAAAGUUGCUGAACUACUUGGGCAACGUGCUGGUCAAUGGGCCCCUCACACCCUUGGCUACAGGGCUGAAGCCUGCAGAAAUGUAUGCCACAGUUCCAGAAACUCCACCAGCCACAGACCCUCCUCGUGGUUUCCGAGACGUCUUAUUGGCUGAGGGACCAGAGGGCUUUGCCAAGGCUGUCAGGAACCACAAGGGUCUCCUGCUCAUGGACACAACCUUCAGGGAUGCCCACCAGUCUCUCCUGGCCACAAGGGUCCGAACCCAUGACCUCCUAAAGAUCUCACCAUAUGUUGCACACAACUUCAGUGGACUCUAUUCCUUGGAGAACUGGGGAGGUGCCACCUUUGAUGUGGCACUCAGGUUCCUCCAUGAGUGCCCAUGGGAACGACUGGAGGCCAUGCGCAAGAAGAUCCCAAACAUUCCAUUCCAGAUGCUCCUGAGAGGGGCCAAUGGUGUGGGGUACACUAGUUACCCGGACAAUGCUGUGUACAAAUUCUGUGAACUGUCGGUAAAAGCAGGAAUGGACAUCUUCCGUGUGUUUGACUCCCUCAACUACAUGCCCAACCUGCUGAUGGGUGUGGAGGCUGUAGGCAGUGCAGGUGGUGUGGUGGAAGCUGCCAUCUCAUACUCUGGAGAUAUAUGUGACCCCAGCAAGACCAAGUACACCCUCCAGUACUACCUAGACUUGGCAGAGCAGUUGGUGAAGGCUGGAACACAUGUGCUUUGUAUCAAGGAUAUGGCAGGACUUUUGAAGCCUCAGGCGGCCAAGCUGCUCGUGUCUUCCCUGCGCGACAAGUACCCUGACCUGCCCAUCCACGUCCACACCCACGACACUUCAGGGGCAGGUGUGGCUUCCAUGCUGGAGUGUGCCUAUGCAGGUGCUGACGCUGUUGAUGUGGCUGUUGACUCCAUGUCUGGCAUGACCUCCCAGCCCUCCAUGGGUGCCGUGGUGGCCAGCCUGAUGGGCCAUGAGCUGGACACUGGCAUGAACCUCAGUGACAUCAGCCAGUACUCUGCCUUCUGGGAACAAACUCGCACCCUCUAUGCUCCCUUCGAGUGUGCCGUGACCAUGAAGUCUGGGAAUGCUGAUGUCUACCAGAAUGAAAUACCUGGAGGCCAGUACACAAAUCUGCAGUUCCAGGCCUUCUCCCUUGGACUGGGUGACCAGUUUGAGUCCAUCAAGAAAGCGUACCGAGAGGCAAAUCUUCUUCUUGGAGAUUUAAUUAAGGUCACACCUUCCUCAAAAGUUGUCGGGGACUUGGCCCAGUUCAUGGUCCAGAACAAACUCUCGGCAGCAGAUGUGGAGGCCAAAGCAGAGAACCUCAGCUUCCCCAAGUCCGUGAUAGAGUUCAUGCAGGGCUACUUGGGGGAGCCCUAUGGAGGGUUCCCGGAGCCUCUGCGCACCAAGAUACUAAUGCAUCGGACUAGUGGGCAGGCCAAAGAGGGUGAGAUGCUGAAGGGACUGCCCACCGUUGAUGGCCGGCCCGGGGCGCUGAUGGCCCCCAUGGAUUUUGCUGCCAUGAAAUCUGAGCUGAUUGAGGAGCACGGCCCUCGCAUCAGUGACUACGACACCGUCAGCUCAGCAAUGUACCCUAAGGUCACAGAUGAUUACCUCCGCUUCCGGGAAAAGUACGGGCCAGUGGACAAGCUGGACACUCGCAUCUUCCUCACUGGGCCAAAGGUUGGUGAAGAAUUUGAGGUGGAGAUUGAGAAGGGGAAGACACUGCACAUCAAGACCCUGGCCAUGGCUGAAGAUCUUAACGCCAAUGGAGAAAGGGAAGUCUUCUUUGAGCUCAAUGGUCAGCUGAGAUCCGUGAUGGUGCGAGAUCAAGAAGCAGUGAAGGAUCUGCAUGUGCAUCCCAAAGUUACGCCUGGUGUGAAGGGUGAGGUGGGGGCCCCCAUGCCCGGCACAGUGAUAGACAUCCAAGUGAAGGUUGGAGACACUGUGAAGAAGGGUUCCCCGCUGGUAGUGCUCUCAGCCAUGAAGAUGGAGAUGGUGGUGCAGGCGCCGUGUGAUGGAAAGGUUGCUUCAAUCAGCGUCACCAAGGACAUGAAGCUAGAAGGGAAUGACCUGGUGCUCUCUCUAGACCCUCAGUGAACAGUAAGAGUAAUGAAGAAUGGAAGUAUUGUUCAUGCCUGAAGGGUGUUUUAAGUAAGCACAAGGGGUGUGGAGCCGCCUCUCCCCGCCCACCCGGCCACCCAGCACACUCCACAACAACCUGCCCAAGACGUGUGUACAUGACUUGGGAUGCAUUCCUCAGCCUUCACCAGCACAGCAACCGCACCAACACAUUAUUGCCUCCAGGACGUAUUGAUUACCCCGAAAUUAUCUUUACUUUAGACCUAGCAUGUAAAAGCUGUUCAUUACUAAACGUAUUUUUAUAUUAAGUUUGUGUUAAAUAAUGCUUUCCAAUGCAAGUGUGGAUGGGACAAGCUGCUCGUGGCCCAGUCAGCCACUGGUGAGGAGCUUGUCGUGUGUGCCUGUACUCCUGAGGAUCCCCAAUGUCUUGCUCUCUUCAGCCACACUCUGCUCUCUCUCUCCUAGCUGUUUACGCUGUUCUCUCCUAUAGAUGAAUUACAGUAAAUAACUCAAAACACGCAAAAUUUUAAAAUUCAAAAAGGUGCACAUCACAAUAAAUACUAUAGCGAAGGAAUAAUAACUCUAUAUACUGUAAAAUAAAGAGAACAACUAAGACCUUCCAAGACUUGACACAUACCAUAAAAAUUACUGUUAAUCACUCCUAAUAGAGCAAGGGAACUUAUGCACAGGAGCACUCAAAACACUUUUAAACCUAAUUCUGAACUGGAGAAGCUGAGCAACCAGUGACUCCUCUUCAUUAUCCCAUAUGGUCAGUGAAGUCAUUACAAGACAUUCACUUAUUGCUUUGGAAGGGUAUUUGUUUCCUGUUAUUUUCAGCUGUUAUUUCCAGAAACCACAAAUGUUUAGAAACACGAUGAACUGGAGAGCAAAAUUACAGAUCAGCUAAUGUUAGUAUUCCUUUUGGGAUUAAUUUAAUAAAUUGUUUUGUAAAUAAACAUUGUUAAUCAACGAAUUGUCUUGAAAACUAUGCCUAAAUACCCGUUUACUCUAAAUUACAUAUGAGUGCAGCACUAUUGUGAUCUUGAAAAUCAAUUUAUUGUACUCUGAUUGCAGGUGGUGAAGGUUGUAAUACUGUAUGUGGUAAUUAGUACUGGUAAUCUAAUACAGAGUAUUUGUACAGACACAAAGCAUAUUUGUGAUACUUGUAAAAAUGUUUAGCAUCCAAAAGUU